AUGUCGUAUCUAUUUAAUAAAUACUCAAACUCGUAUUCUUAUAAUUUUAUUGCCAUUAUCACUUUUACAAUAUUCGUACAAAUUCUUACCAAAUCAUUGGCAUCCAAGACGGAAUUUAAUGAAACCACAAAUACGGUUAAUCAAAAAUCACGUCCUUCGUCCGGUCGUUCCUUGCUAACGCACACCGAUGAAUAUGUGGCACGUAAUCAAAAACGUUGCGUUGAAUAUCGCAGUCUGGUGUCGUGUAUUAAAUAUAAAGCAUCAAAAAUUGUUUGGAAAUUGGCUACGAAUGGCAUGGGCUACUUUCCAAAUGAGUAUGGACGUGAAUUACGUGAUGAUAAGCGGCGAAUACGUUUUAUACAACUGGAACAGCCGGCCGAUGAAAUUGUUGUUUUUAAUGAUGCACGCAGUUUAGAAGGUGAUAAUGAAAUAACACAUAUUGUUAAAUUUCUAAAACGUGCAGCCGAAACUUUUGGAAAAAAUCAUGGCAUACAAUUGAUGUUGACAAGUGAUAGUGGAGCACGUAUUACCACCGGCGAAACAGAAUCACGCGGUUUGCAUGAGAAAAGAAAACGUAAAUGGUUGAUUAUAUUGCCACUAAUAAUACUGAUGAAAAUUGCCCAUUUAAAAAUGACUGUUGUGACUUUACUGUUGGGAGUGCUGGGCCUAAAUGUUCUACUAGUGGGUGGUGUUGGCUGGCUAAUACACUAUUUGAAAUUUAAAACUUUGUGUAAGAUACAUCCUCAGUUAGUGCAACAUCAUUCACAUGUUUACGAUUCCGAUCCAUCUGAUUAUUCCCAGUUCGUUGGCAGCAGCUUUCCUGGCUCCUACUACAGCGCUGCUGGGAAUGGUCCUCAUGAGGUUGGCAGCAAUUACUAUUCAAAAGACUGGAGCACAAGCAAGGCAUACAAUGGCUACAACUACCUGGACACCAUUAGCAAACGCAUUAAAUAG